AUGCGCCUCCGAGGCUUCAAUCUGUGGACUGGAGCACUGUUGGCUCUAGCGGCCCACAUCGCUGCGGCUCAAACCUACGAUGCCAUCGUGGUGGGCAGUGGGCCCGGUGGUCUCGUGGCGGCCGAGUACUUGUCGAGGGACCCGACCGUCUCCGUGUUGAUCCUCGAAGCUGGUCCGAAGUCUCUGGCUGCCACUGGCGGAACCGACAGCCCCAGCUACGCCCAGGGCAGCGGCCUGACCAAGUUUGAUAUCCCUGGUGAAUUCGACAACACCAUCUACAACGCGGCUAAUGAGCAGUACCGAGUGGACUGGAUCACCGACGCCUACAUGUGGCUCGGUAAGCUUGUAGGUGGGUGCUCGUCCAUCAACGCCGCGCUCUACUUCCGUCCGCCGGACGCGUACGUCACGCAGACCCAGUGGCCAUUUUCAGCGGCUCAAAUGGUCGCCAAGAUGGAUGAGAACGAGCAGCUCCACGGCCACACGGACAAGCCUUCGAGUAACGGCGUCUGGUACACGCAGGAAGGAUACAACAUCGUCUCGAAGGCGCUGCUGGCGAAGGGAUACGCGGAGCGUACCAUCAACGACGCUAGUGCCCGCAACAGCAAGAGCAAGACGUUCGGUCACGCCCCGUUCACCUUCAAGAACGGCAAGCGCGACACUCCUGCCGCUGCUUUCUGGGGAGCGAUGAGCUCUCGAAGCAACGUAAAGCUCCUCACCGGAGCCAAAGUCGAUUAUCUUCUCCGUGCUGCGGGUGGCAAGGCCACUGGCGUCGUCUACAACGGCGGGACCCAAGCGCUUCUGUCGGCUCGAGGCACGGUGCUCAUGGCUGCCGGAGCGCUGAGUACGCCCAAGGUUUUGAUUCAGAGCGGCAUUGGUCCUGCCUCUCAGCUCAAUCUUCUAAACGGCCGCAAUGGCUUCGCUGGAGUCUCCCAAGCGGCUGGCUGGGUCACGAAUGCCAACGUGGGGCGGAACCUCUUCGACACGAAUGUGGUGUUUGCCUCCUUCUCGCACCCACAGAUGAGCUCGUUCCAGUUCAAGAACCGGCCGACUUCAGCGACAGAUCAAUACAUGAGCAGCUUCUCAGGUCCGUGGACUAGCUCAGGCCCAACGCUGAUCAGCUACGAGAACUACGAUGUCCAAGGCCGCGCGUAUGAGUUCCAGUCCACCGCGCUCACGACCGGAUUCGGCGAGUUUUAUAACCGCGGGGACGCCUUCACGCUCUCGCUGUACGUGAACAACCCUGAAGGUCGAGCGGCCUCGGGAUUCGACAGCAAUGGCAACUGGAAGGCUUUCAAUGAAGGAAACGCGUACUUCGGCACUAGUCGCGACCUCGCUGCGAUGCAGUCGUACGCGCAGAACGUCGUCAAGGCGAUGGUGGCUCAAGGCGCCACCUUCCUGUCUGCUUCUGGGUCAGAUGACACUACCGUCGCCAACUGGGUCCAGUCCUACGGCGCUCGGAUCACUCACCACUUCGGCGGUAGCUGCUACGCGUCCAGCAAUACCGCGGACUCAAACCGAUGUGCCGAUGAAAAGCUGCGCGUCAUUGGCAUGGCCAACGUGUUCGUGGCAGACGCGAGUGCCAUGCGCGACGGUACUGUGGGUCCGUACAGCUUCAUCAUGUACAUUGGUCGUGAGGCCGCUGACCAAGCCAAGAGCUACAUAGCUGCCAACGGUAAUGGUGGCGGCGGUGGUGGCAGCUCGAACUCCACCUGCUCGAGCUUUGAGAACGGCGUGGACUAUCUGAACAACGAUCUGAGCAAUGCUCCGAGUUCAGCAGCUUCCGGAUGCUGCGCUAUUUGCUCGGCCACCUCGGGUUGCAAGGCGUUCACGUGGACCGACAACGCCGGAGGCACGUGCUGGCUCAAGUCCGGCAAGGGAAGUACCCAAAGCAAGAGCGGCGCCAUUUCGGCUGUGCUUCAGACCUCGUCGACGUCUGGCUGCUCUACGGUUGAAGACAACACCGACUACACUGGAGCCGAUGUCGGCAACAAGCCCAGCGCUUCUGUGGACGGGUGCUGCUCGAUCUGCACGGCGACCAGCGGGUGCGGGGCCUACACGUGGACAGACUACAACGGCGGAACUUGCUGGUUGAAGAGCUCCAAGGGCUCCGGAGUUACCAAAAGCGGUGCCAAGUCUGCUGUGAGCGGCGCUCGGUCAGCUCAAGUCAGCUCUUCUUCGACGGCCACGUGCACUAUUGUGAACGACAUCGACUACAAAGGCAAUGAUCUCUCUAGCACCCCCAGUGCUCCCAGUGGAACUGGUGCUGGUUGCUGCGAUAUUUGCCGUGCGACGUCAGGAUGCAAGGCGUUCACGUGGACCACUCAGAGCGGAGGAACCUGCUGGCUCAAGUCUGCGCAAGGGACCAGCUCGCCCCUUGUCGGCGCUGUAUCCGGAGCCAUCUAA